UCUGCUGUAGUAUCGGACAAUGUUUCGCAAAAAGAAGAAGAAGAGGCCGGAGAUUUCAGCACCGAAGAACUUCGAGCAUCGCGUUCAUACGUCGUUCGAUGCAAAGCGAGGAGUCUUCGUCGGUCUUCCCACACAAUGGCAGAGUUUAAUAGAAAACCUCCGGAGACCCAAACCCAUGGUGGACCCGUCCAGGAUCACGCCGGUGGAGCUCAAACCAAAGAAGACCAUUGUGCGUGGCAGCAUGAUCGGCCACGGAGACUAUAUAUCAGCCGUGCUGUCAGACAUGAGCCGUCUGUCCGUCACCAGCUCCAACUCCCUGCGCAAGAGCAGCCCGUCGGCCCGCAAGAGAGCGCAGUCGCUCGCCCGCCUCGGGGAGGUCAGCGAGGCCGAUGUGUAUCAGUACGAAGCCCUGGACGAGCCUGACCCUCACUGGGCCGAGAAAUCACGCAACAUCCACAGCGAGAGCGGCACGCCGUGCAUGGGUCUGAAGAAGAGCGUCACGCUGCAGCCCAACGGCGUUCUGCCCCGCGCCAAAUCCACCUAUGAGGUCAGCAUGAGCUUUCCUCCUCCGGCCCUCCCGGCCCCUCCGCCGCCCCCCAUCCCCGUCCCGGAGCCACCCAGGUCUGUGUAUCUGUGUGGGGACAUCGGGAGCCCGACGGAGAGGCUCAUGAUGAGACGGGAGUUUCCCAUCGUGUUCUCACACAACCAGAGACCCAUCACCUGCUUCUACAGCCCCAGCAUGCCACACGGAGACGCUCUCAUGCCGGACAUGAGGAGCGCCAACAGACUGCUGGUCCACCCGCAGAACAGCCCGGGGAGACCGUACUCCUCAUACGACCUGAAGGCCGACGCAGCCAUGAGACACCAGCCGGGAUAUUUGCACAGCGGCACCAGCAGUCCCCUCGUGAGCGGCACCAGGCCUCACAGAACGGUGCGUUCCUCCUCCAGCUACACCAUCGGCUUCUCGCCCAACAUCAGUUACCGGCCCACCGGGCCAGACCCCUACAUGAGACACUCUGGCUGCCCCAACCCGGGUCUCUACCCCAGACAGGACAGUCCGUCGCAGCCCCGGCCAUCUCCCACCGGCUCUCUGGCCAACAGCCCUCCGGGAACCUGCUCGCCCGCAUUCAGACCCCCGCAGCACCCCUCGCCCCGACCCCCGCCCGACCCGCCCAAAGUCACCCACGAGCAGUUCAAGGCCGCGCUGCAGAUGGUGGUGGAUAAAGGAGACCCGCGGUCAUAUCUGGAGAACUUCAUGAAGAUCGGCGAGGGUUCGACGGGUGUGGUGUGCAUCGCCCGCGAGAAACACAGCGGACGGCUGGUGGCCGUCAAGAUGAUGGACCUCAGGAGACAACAGCGCAGAGAACUGCUCUUCAAUGAGGUGGUGAUUAUGAGAGAUUACCAGCACAGGAACGUGGUGGAGAUGUUCAAGAGCGCUCUGGUGGAGGAGGAGCUCUGGGUCAUCAUGGAGUAUCUGCAGGGAGGAGCUUUAACAAACAUCGUGUCUGAGACCAGGCUGAGCGAGGAGCAGAUCGCGACCGUGUGUGAGGCGGUGCUGCAGGCGCUGGCGUAUCUCCACUCACAGGGCGUCAUACACAGAGACAUCAAGAGUGACUCCAUACUGCUCUCGCUGGACGGACGCAUCAAGCUGUCAGACUUUGGCUUCUGCGCUCAGAUCAGUAAAGAUAUCCCGAAGAGGAAGUCUCUGGUGGGAACGCCGUACUGGAAAAUAGAAUAA